AUGGCUACCCGCACUCACUCCAUCGCCCCACCCACCACCGCCGUUACCUUCGGCGCAUACUCGCAAACCAUUCCCCGUGCCAUGACCACCUCUGCUCCAUCCAAACCCACCAAGCUUUCCCACGGUCUGGUCGACGGUAUGCCUCCGGCUCCACCACCUUCGCCGGUCAGCUUUGCCAUUGAUAGCAAUGGCGGGACUAUCCCUCAUAUGGAGAAGAUUGUUCGUUUGAGCCUGGAGUAG